GGUGACAGAAUCUGAGCCUGUUUCCCCACCCCAUGCUCCCAGUAGCAGAGCUACCACGCCCUGCUUCCAUCGUCCCAGGACCCUGUCCGCUCCCUGCACGAUGGCCUGCUCACGGACCUGCUCCCGCAUCCUGGGGCUCAGCCUCGGGACCACAGCCCUGUUUGCUGCUGCGGCCAACACGGUGCUCCUCCUUCCUGACUGGGAUGUGACCUACCUGAGAAGGGGCCUCAUUGGCAAGCACGCCAUGCUGGGCGCUGGGCUCUGGGGAGGAGGCCUCCUGGUUCUCAUGGCAGCCGCCCUCAUCUCCCUGAUGGGCUGGAGACGUGGCUGCUUCAGUAAGAGUGGGCCCUGCCGAAGCAUGCUCGCUGCUCUAUUAUCAAGUGGCCUGGCUUUGCUGGGAGCCUUGAUUUGCUUUAUUACUUCCGGAGUAGCCCUGAAAGAUGGCCCAUUUUGCAUGUUCGAUGUCUCAUCCUUCAACCAGACGCAAGCUUGGAAAUAUGGUUACCCAUUCAAAGGCCUAUCCAACAGGAAUUAUUUAUACGACCAUUCCCUCUGGAACUCCGUCUGCCUGGAGCCUUCGAAAGCUGUCGUUUGGCACGUGUCCUUCUUCUCCGCUCUUCUGUGCACCAGCAUCCUCCAGAUCCUCCUGGUGGCCAUUCAUUUCUUCAACGCCUUCCUGGGCUUUUUCUGCAGCCUCUGUGAGAAGCCAUAGACCAUGCCAUUUCACCGGCACGGCUCUCGUCAGAAGCUGCCUUGAAGCCUUUCUGCAACUAGGAUUGAUGGAUAUGAAUCACCAACAGACUUCCUUUUAGGUGUUCCUCUGGUCGUUGUAGCAACAAUAAUUCCUUGCAUGUGUGUUGCAUGAUAUUAUGCAUUUUAAACCACAUUGUAAACGGCAUGAUAUAUUAGUAGAAGGAGUAAUUGUCGUUAUUAUUGUGUAAGAACUUAGUCCAUAAAAUGUCCUCCAGCCAUGAUCUUAUUUCAGCUUCUUAAAAAAAAAUAAUAU